AUGCUUCUAUGGAAUGUGACAAAUGCCAAAGACGGCAGAAGAACCGGGCUUUCUGCUAUUUCUGCAGUUCUGUACAGAAACUGCCCAUGUGUGCCCCACUGUGGAAAGACCAAAUGCAUGAUGAAAUCCUCAGACUGUGUAAUUAAACAUCCUGGUGUUUAUAGCACUGGUAUGGCUAUGGUGGGUGCAAUCUGUGAUUUUUGUGAGGCCUGGGUGUGUCACGGCAGGAAGUGUUUAAGUGUCCAUGCAUGCAGCUGUCCUCUCACCUCUGCUGAAUGUAUCGAAUGUGAAAGAUCAGUCUGGGACCAUGGUGGCAGGAUAUUCAGCUGCUCUUUCUGUUACAACUUCCUAUGUGAAGAUGACCAGUUUGAACACCAGGCAAGCUGCCAAGUCUUGGAGGCAGAAACUUUUAAAUGUGCCUCCUGCAAUCGCUUAGGUCAACAUUCAUGCCUGCGCUGCAAGGCAUGUUUCUGCGACGAUCAUGCUCGAAGUAAAGUUUUUAAGACUGAGAAAGGCAAGGAGCCCCCCUGCCCAAAGUGUGGCCAUGAAACGCAGCAAACAAAGAAUCUCAGCAUGUCUACACGAACACUCAAGUUUGGCAGGCAGAGUGGAGCAGAUGAGGAUGAAGAUGGAGCUUCUGGUUAUGACAAUUAUUGGAAGAAUCUGGCAUCUGGUGCCACCAAUACAUACGAUGAUGAUGAUGAUGAAGAGGAGGAGGAAGAGGAGGAGGAGGAUGAUGAAGAUGUGGGUGAUGAGGAAGGAGAAAAGGACUCUGAUACAGAGGCCACGGAUCCAUUUAGCCACUUGCAUUUAGGAAGGACAUAUGCCAGUGGCUAUGCCCACUAUGAAGAGUCUCAAGACUGA